GAACACUCCUGAACAGAAGGAGGGGGCUUGGGAGCGCCUACCACCAUUUGGGGGGCAUCUGGGCUGCUGGAUCCGCCGAGCCCCGCCCCCGCCGCACUUUGGCAUUCCGGGGAAAGGGGGAUGGGGCGUGACGGCCGACGACGGCCAACACAGCUCCCGCGCCUGCCGCCUCUACCGCCGCGACCACCGGCCCCUGGUUCGCAGGCCAGCAUGUGUCCAGGCUCCGAGCCCGCAAGGAGGCCCGAACCCAGCGCACGCACGCCGCCGCCGCCACAAAUUCCACGCUCCCCCGCGGCCGCGAGUGGUGCGCUCCGGUCCCGCCCCGAGGGGCGUGGCCUCGCGCCACGUGACGGGGAGUGACCUCGCCGCCCCGCGCCAUGGGGGCUUCGGACCCGGAAGUGGCGCCCUGGGCUCGCGGCGGCGCCGCGGGGAUGGCGGGAGCCGGAGCUGGCGCUGGAGCUCGUGGUGGAGCGGCGGCGGGGGUCGAAGCCCGGGCUCGCGACCCACCGCCCGCGCACCGUGCACACCCGCGCCACCCGCGGCCUGCGGCGCAGCCCUCUGCCCGCAGGAUGGACGGCGCGUCCGGGGGCCUGGGCUCCGGGGACAACGCCCCGACCACCGAGGCCCUUUUCGUGGCGCUGGGAGCGGGCGUGACGGCGCUCAGCCACCCGCUGCUCUACGUGAAGCUGCUGAUCCAGGUGGGUCAUGAGCCGAUGCCCCCCACCCUUGGGACCAACGUGCUGGGGAGGAAGGUCCUGUAUCUGCCGAGCUUCUUCACCUAUGCCAAGUAUAUCGUGCAAGUGGACGGGAAGAUAGGGCUGUUCCGAGGCCUCAGCCCUCGGCUCAUGUCCAACGCUCUCUCCACUGUGACUCGGGGCAGCAUGAAGAAGGUUUUCCCUCCGGAUGAGAUGGAGCAGGUUUCCAACAAGGAUGACAUGAAGACUUCUCUGAGAAAAGUGGUGAAGGAGACUUCAUACGAGAUGAUGAUGCAGUGUGUGUCCCGCAUGCUGGCUCACCCCCUGCACGUUAUCUCGAUGCGCUGCAUGGUCCAGUUUGUGGGACGAGAGGCCAAGUACAGUGGUGUCCUGAGCUCCAUUGGGAAGAUUUUCAAAGAGGAAGGGCUGCUGGGAUUCUUUGUCGGCUUAAUCCCUCACCUCCUGGGCGAUGUGGUUUUCUUGUGGGGCUGUAACCUGCUGGCCCACUUCAUCAAUGCCUACCUGGUGGAUGACAGCUUCAGCCAGGCCCUGGCCAUCCGGAGCUACACCAAGUUUGUGAUGGGGAUCGCCGUGAGCAUGCUGACUUACCCCUUCCUGCUGGUCGGCGAUCUCAUGGCAGUGAACAACUGCGGGCUGCAGGCCGGGCUCCCACCUUACUCCCCGGUGUUUAAGUCCUGGAUUCACUGCUGGAAGUACCUGAGUGUGCAGGGUCAGCUCUUCCGCGGCUCCAGCCUGCUUUUCCGCCGGGUGUCAUCAGGAUCAUGUUUUGCCCUGGAGUAGCCUGAAUCAACCAAGAAAACACCAUCCACCUGGCCGCCGCAACAAGGCCCGAGCAUCUUGGGAUGGCUCAAGACAGCUCCAGCCAGCAACGCCUGGGCGGAUCCUGCCCAGAGGACCUUCACUUUCCAUAUUUGCCAUGUGUCUGUCCAGAAGUAGGGUCUGGUGGGGGAGGGGAGCUUUGUCCAUUGGGCUGGGGCCCUUGUUGGGCCUAGGAAGGGGAAAUGGGGGUGGGAAUUAGAGCAGAAUCCCCUUCCUUCUCAGAGUGCUUGGUCUGCCUUGGCAAAGACCAGAAAAUGGCUUGUGGAAGCUUGGGGUGGGGGAAGAAAGACUGGCGGGGUCAUGUUCUACUCCCUCACUCCCCACCUCUGCAGACACCUCACCAUGGGCCCCUAUAUCAUCUGCGACUAAGCCGGGAGCAGUUCACAUCCCUGCUUUGUACAUAGGCCGCCGUCCUGUGUAGGCCUGUGCCCGGAGGCGGACGCAGGGUCCUGCCUUCAUGCUUCUCAACACUACCCUCCUGAUGGGCGGGCAACACCUGCUCGGAAUGGAAAAUCAUGUGAUUUGUCAGGCUGUGUCCCUCGUCUGCCACUCGUCUCCCAUGUGGUGCCUCAUGUAGGACCUGCUUACCUGUGAAGUUGUGAGCGGCCAGCAGUAAGCAGAUCAAUGUCUCUAGUCCUCCCAUUUUCAAAGUUCCUGGUAAGAAAUUGGCCCUGUUUCCCUUGAAUAAAUGUGUCAGUGAUUUGGA